CUCAAGCUACUCUUCCUAUCAAAAGUGUCGUUGGACAACUUUUCGAACAUUAACCUAUUAUGAAUGCUCUGUAAAUCAUUUGUUGAAAGCUUACAGGCGGAUUACUGAUCUAUCUAGGCUUAGUACGGAUAUCUAUUGUUGAAAGGCUUCUUUUUGCAGUUUAUAGAAUAUUACUAAUAAAAACAUAUAGGAGUGCUCAAAUGGGCAAAUGUGCUAUAUGAGAGCAGAAUACUCUUUGGUUUAUUAAUUGGACGUCUCUAUGAUUGGAACACAAAUAAGGCAUAAAUUAAUUAUUAUAUGUGAAACGUUAGUUAAAAAGAUAUAGAAAGAGAUAAGCCAAGAUAAAUAUGAGCGAAGGAUCAACAGUAGAGAGAAGUGAUCAAUUGAUGAGAGCGAUCGGUAGAAAUGUCAAAGAAAUGAGGAUAUUGGAAACAAGCCUAAACAAAUUGCAUUUGGAAAAAUCGUAUUCUAUGAGCCUUUUGAAAUUGGAUUCAAAAGAAAUGCAAAGUUAUCAUAGAAGACUACGACAAAGAGUUGACAGAAUUAAAUCCUAUUUAACGGCUUCUGAUGUUAGAAGAUUUAAAAAGAUGGAUGAUGAUGGAAAGCUUUUACCCGUUAUUUAUCAACAUCAUGUCAAUAAUUCGUUGAGAAUAUCAGCAGCAGCCUAUAGACUAAAGGUAAAUGAAUAUUCGAGAACAGAAACAAAGUCACAAAAAUCAAAGAGAGCAAUCACAAAGAAGAAAAGGCGUCCCUCAAUUCCAUCCUCAAUACCUGUUAUAUCGGAGGAUACUACUUUGGAAUUGCCUGCUAAAUUAACAGUUGUCAAUAAACGUCCCGCAACUGCUGCUGAGCAAAGUCUAAAACCUUCUGAAAAAGGCCAUAAAAGAAGCGAAACAACGCUUGGCUUUUCAUCCCAUACGAGAAUACAAGAGGAGAGAAAAGAUGCUCAAAAGAGACCGUUAAAAUCUAGGCGGGAACCUAAAUUAUUAUCUACUGCAGUUAGUGAUGCAUUUACUGAUAAUAUUCUCGAUGGACGGGAAACUUUUAUGAAAAAAAGAGAACAAAGAAAGCGUUUAAUUAAGAGUGAAGAACGAAAAAAUAUUGGUACCCAGGAAGACAUCAAGCGUUUUAUUAAUAAAUUAGAAGCAUAUAGAAGGGAAAACGUUGAACUAGACGAAGAGGAAUUCAUUUCUUUGAUAUCCGAUAACGAUCGUUUUCCCAGAAGAUCGUCGGAUGGCAAACAAGUGAAGACGAUGAACUUGGAAGAACUAAUUAAAAACCGGGAUAGUCUUAGCGACGAAACUAAAAGGAAGUUAAUCGAUUAUUAUAUAGAAUUAAAAGAUUGCAAUUAUAGAGGUAAAAACGAACAGCUAUUGAACAUUUUUCAAGAGCCAGUCUAAAUAUUUACAUGAAGAGCGCACGCCAUCUGUUGUUUUGGGACAAAGUUUUUAGAAUAUUAAUUGAUUUUCUGUAUUCGAAUUAUUGUUUAAGUUUAAACCUGUAACUAUAGAUGUAUAUAGGAAUAAAUAGGUUACAAAAUUUCUAUACAGCAAAAGCAUUAUAUCGUAAAUAACAAAUUACUUUAGACGCUUUAGGGAAAAAUUCUGCAUGCAAUUUAUAUUUUAUAGUAUAGGAGAGAGAAUUAGAAAAAUUAUCUCUAUAUAUGUACUGUAUAUAAAUAUAUAUAAAGAUAUAUAAUAUAC